CGAACAACUUGAAAGAGAAAUUUUUUUUUCCCAAUCAAAUGUAAACAAAAAGUGACAAUUUUAAUUGUUGUCGAUUUAAAGAAGUUCAAUCAUGUUUCAUUUUCGUUUUCCGACAAUUAAUACUUUAUCCAGUGUAACUAAAUUAAGAUUAAAUUGUCAAAGUCUGUGUGAUUAUCACCAUUCAUCAGGUAUUUGGUUUAAUAAUUUAUUACGAUGCAAGAAUUUGGUUAAUCCAGUUACUCGGAUUAAUCAGUUUCCAAUUAGAUUAUCUUCAAGCUUAAAUCAACAAGUGGUUGAUAGAUUUAAUAGUUUUAGAAGUGACCAUGGACAAGGAGAUAAAAAGGAUGAAGAUAAUUCUGGUUAUCAAUCACCUUUAUUAGCUGCUGGUUUUGUUUCUGGAUUAUUAUCGUUCUUGGGAUGGGAAGAUUUAUUAUCUAAAGAAGAUCCUUUCAUCCUGACAAUCAAACGAGGUAUUCUUUGUAUGCAACGAGAAGAGUUUGACAAAGCUGAGAUUAUACUACAUGCAGCACUUACAAAUUCUGUGAAUAUGGAUAACGAGAAAGCAGUCAUUUAUAUAUAUUCUUUAUUGGGAAAUAAUGCAUUUCUCAAAGGUGAUUUAGAAAAAUCAGAAACAAUCUACAAAGAUCUGAUAAAACGUCUUCUAAAACAAGGAAUUGAAGAAGAUCAUGAAGCAAUGGUUGAAAUAUCGAUUAAAUUGGCUACAAUUUACAGUAAAUUAGGAAAAUUUUCCAAAAGCGAUGUUGGUUUUAAUCAUUGUAUUGAUAUUCAAAAGAAAAGAAUCAACCACCUUGGAAUCGAAGCAAAAUUAACCAAAGGAGAAAACGAAUUAACCAAUGAAGAAAUCAACAGUUAUGCUCUUUAUGGAAUGGUACUUGAUUUCUAUGGGAAACAUUUACUUCGUAAAAAAGAGUUUGAAAGUGCCUUGAAAUAUACUCUCGAUUCGUUGAAAAUUUGCGAAAAAGUUAAUGGUCCAAAUGGACAUCAAACGAUGGUUUUACUGAGCGAUGUGGGAACUUUAUUAAAUUUAACUAAUAAUUUCCAUGAAGCCGAUAAAUAUUUUCAACGAGCAAUCAAAAUUGCGACAAUCAUUGAUUCUGAUCAUCUGAAAACACUUUACUACAAUAUCGGAAUGAACAAUUUAAUGAGAAAAAAUUAUUCCCUCGCUCAAACUAACUGUGAUGCUUCAUACAGAAUUGCUCGUAAAGAUGAAGACACAACAAUCAUGAACAUGGCCGAAGAUUGUUUGAAAAAAGUGAAACAACAAUUAUCAUGAAAAGAAUCAGAAUUUAAUCUGGAAUAUAAAAAUUUUCCAUUGUUAAAUCAUCUUUACAAUAAUUGCUAUUUAAAAGACUUUGUUUCUCUCUUUCAGCAUCUCAUCACUUGAGGAUACAUCAAUUGCUCAUCUUUCGGUUAAUUGUUGCCGUUGUUAAUUGUACACAAUAUAUAACAUUGUUUUUGUUGAUAGAAAAGCAAAUUGUAUUAAAUACAGAAAAUUUGUUUAGUAAAUUAUUACAAAUAUUA